CACGCCCUCGGUAAGUCUCUAUAUUUUUAUAAUUUUAUACUGUGGAUAACCUUUGACACUGUAUGAAAUUUCUGUGUAGGUACGAUCCACACCGUAAGCAGAGAUGGGAUGGCAAGGUGGGGCUCUGGUCUUUCACGGAGAAGUAUAAGGCACAACGUAAGAGCAAGAAUAGAGCCAAGGGGGAAAUUUGCACACGCAAUCUUGAUACCGUCGAUCGAAAUGUCUACAAGGACUAUCUGAUCACCAAGGUGUUCCCAGCUAUCAAGUCGAAGUGGCCAAGGAAGGACCGUCGCCAGUUCAUCUUCGUGCAACAAGAUAAUGCGAAGCCGCACGUGUCGCCAACCGAUCCGGACGUUGUCGCAGCGGGAACAGAAGGAGGGUGGAACAUCAGGCUGUUAUGCCAAACAGCCAACUCACCCGAGCUCAAUUGCCUUGACUUGGGAGUUUUUGCUUCAAUGCAAAGCAUUCAACACCGUCUACCAAGGAAGGGCAUCGAUGCGCUUAUAGCGUCGGUUGAGGACGCAUUUCGGGAGCUCAAACCCGACACUGUGGACAACAUCUUUCUUACGCUAGAGGCGUGCAUGCGGGCAAUCUUGGAGGAGGCUGGCGGCAAUCUCUACAAGCUUCCACACUUGGGGAAGGCCAAACUCCGACGUGCGAAUGAGCUACCGGUAAGUCUAUCGUGUAGUAGAGAGCUGUAUGACGCCGCACUUGCGUUACUCCAAUCUUCAAACCGUGGUAGUGAUCUGUUCUUUAAAUGAAAAGUACUUCGAAGUAGAUACCUUUCUCCUUCUUUGAACUCAAAGUACACUUUAUAAAUUAGUAUUUGUCGUGUAUAAGAUUCGGCCGUCACAGAAAAACUGCCGACCUAUCAUAAUGACUUCCGGUGAUCAUUUCUGCCAGAUCUCCUCAAGACGAUCUUCUCUCGUCCUCUUCUUGUCCCUCCUCCGAUGACCAUGUUCGCCAGGCUUGCUAUGGCUGCGACCCUCGUCGGCGCGGUUGCAGCCGGCGCGCCGGCGGACGACGCGCACCGCGUGGCCGUGUUCGACGCGGCGGUGCAGGAGCUGGCGCCCAAGCCGCCCAGCGCCUUCGACAUGUACAUCCUGGCGCAGAGCUGGCAGCCGGCCUUCUGCUUCGGCAAGGAGCAGCAGUACCCGGGCUGCCGCGCGCCGCAGAGCUUUUGGCGCUCGCACCUGACGCUGCACGGGCUGUGGCCGGAGCUGUCGGGCAGCGCGCCGCCCAGCUUCUGCUCGGGCGAGGCCUUCGACGCCGACAAGAUCGAGCGCGAGCUCGGCAUCGACACGCUGCACCAGUACUGGCCCGACGUCAAGUUCAGCGAGGCGUCCCCGCAGUACGCGGACUUCUGGAAGCACGAGUGGACCCGCCACGGCACGUGCUCGGGGCUCAAGCAGAUCGACUACUUCACGCACGCCAUCAACCUCGAGCGCAACGAGACGCUCGCGCCGACGCCGCAGCUCGUGCAGGACAAUGUCGGCGGACAGGUGGACGUCGAGAAGCUGCGCGCGGCAUUCGGGGAUGCGGCGCUCAAGUGCCAGUGCUCGCACGCGGGCGGUGGCGACGACAGCGACGCCAAGCACGCCACGCUCUUCUCGCAGGUCUUCACCUGCUGGGAGAAGGACGAGCACAACGUGCCGACCCAGCGCCGCGCCUGUCCGCCGCAUAUUCACUCGGAAGACUCGUGCGGCAAAGCUGGCAGUGUGACCAUCCCGGCCUUUCCAACCGGCGACUAGCGUGACCGCGAGUGAACCGAGUCACGCGGGUCAAGUCAAGCUGCGGAAUAGUGCAAGAACGCGCUGACUACCUCACGAUAGUCGGCGCCGUGAGCCACGAGCGCACGCUGCCGCAUCCUCACGACUUGACCGGGUAGCGUUGCUCUAAACCAAUGUACAUUCGUUCCCAACCCACCACGCGGCAUUUCAUAUCGGCGUGCGUGCGAAGGUUCCUCCUGUUGCAGCGGGGGGACCACCCACAAGCGUCUCAUUGCACCCCGUCGUGGUUGUUGGCUCGGAGCUUUUUGGUCCGCACGUGACGGUAGCUCGUGUCGUGGCUGUCGUUGCCCUCGUCCUGUCUUGAUUGAACUUGGUGGUUUACUUGAAUGCAACGCCCGCCACGCUAGCUGCAGCUGCAGCGGGGCGGCCACGGUUGGUGCUUGCACUGCGUUGGACGCUGUGGUUGGUAAUCGGUUGCACUUGUUGCACAGGUGCAUCGAGCUUUCCCGUGGUCCCAUUGCAAUGCUGUAGACGCGCGUGACCUCGCCGCUCGAAACGCAAGAGCUGUCAGAAGCAUUGAAAGUCUUGAUAUCAUUACGCCGGUCCUGCCGAGCAUUUAUUGAUCGUUUGUAGUACACUACUUCGUGUCGCUAACUUAUCUACACUAAUACGCCAUGCCACCAAAAAGAACACACAGCUCACUCCACUAGUCUAGCACAUGGAGGAUCGCACCAGCGAGACACGCAGUGGCGGCAGCACUGCCGUCGAUGUUGCUACUGUCACGGGGGACACACUGCGUGGCUGGGUUGAGUAGGACGCACGACGGGAGACGUCGUCCGUGACGGUCAACUUGGGCAGCUUGCACACCACGGGCGUGGUGGCCGUGGCCGCCGGAGCGUACCGGGAGUUGAAGAGCGUCGGCACUGCCUGACGCUGGAAGUGGUAGGAGAUCUGUGGCUCCGUGAGCUCCACAGAUGACGGGUAGCCCUGCAACUGCUGCUGCUGCUGCUGGGCUCGGACGACGCUGUUGAUGUCGUCGUAGCUGCGCUUGCGGGCAAUGGAGGCCGCAGGCUUGGGGCUGCUCUGCGUCGGAGCCAGCUUGGGGCUGUCCUUGACAACGACACCGUUGCUGGCGGCCUCGAGCGCUUGCUCCUCCUCCUCGAUGCUCUUGAUGAAAGCCUGGCGGAGGGUAGUGAGGUGGAUGGC